AUGUCUGACCCUUGGCAUGACUUCCGACUCAACCCACAGAUACGUCCUCUUCAAUACUCUCUGACACUAAGAAUCGACACAAAGAAUAAUGUAUUCAAUGGAAGCGUUGAAAUGGAAGUAAUCGCUCACAAAGAGGUGGACUAUUUUGUGAUACAUUGUGGUGAUAAUCUGACCAUCACUGACACCCGGGUCUACAUGAAUGGGACAGGAGAUCAGUUAUCUAUCAAACAAUUUCUUCAUUACAAACCCUUUGAAUACUUUGUCAUACAAUUAGCUAAAAAGUCGGCGUCUAAUGCCUAUCGACUUAGUUUUGACUUUACAUCAAAAAUAGAGAUCAACACAAAUAUAGGCCUCUAUAAGGCCUCACAAAGUAUCGGAAACACGACUACCGGUGUGAUUACCACACAGUUUGAGCCAACACGAGCUCGUAAUGUAUUUCCCUGUUUUGAUGAACCUGUGUUUAAAUCACAAUUUGAUUUAACAUUAAUACACGAAUCAAUAAUGAAUACAACCCUCACUAAUAUGCCGACUAUUGAUAUCCAUCCCGACACACCGGCGCCCGGGUGGACAACUACUACAUACAAACGUACAGAUCCGAUGCCCACAUAUCUACUGGCCAUUAUUGUAAGCGAUUAUGUCUGUCACAAUGCCAGUGCUCAGGGUCAUGACUACGAUAUCAAAGUCUGCUCCAACCAUGAGGUGGUAUCCAAACUUGGUUACGCCACCCAAAUAGCUGCCAAACCAUUAACAAUGUAUGAGGAGUACCUUGGUGUUAAGUAUUCGCUACCCAAACUUGAUUUAGUAACCAUACCUAAUUUUGCGGGAGGUAUGGAAAAUUGGGGGCUAGUUAUCACAAAUGAGAAGUCCCUAUUGUGGACUCCCGAUGAAUAUACCAGUGCUAAUAAAAUGUUUAUAGCCAGGGAAGUUGCCCAUGAAUUUGCACAUAUGUGGUUUGGAGACUUAAUAACAUGUCAUUUUUGGGACCACUUGUGGCUCAAUGAAGGGUUUGCGGAGUUUAUGUCAUAUUAUGGCAUUGAUUACAUUGAACCAAGCUGGAAUUAC